AUGGAAUCUCCAGAAAUUCCCUCGAACUCUUCUCACGAGCUCCCUCUUUCACCUCUCAAACAAUACAACAGCCCAAGGACUGAGCAACUAAACACGGCUACUUCUACAGAACCUCCGACAAGCAAGCCAAUUGAAAUGACUCCGCCCCAGUCAGAAGCAAAUGAUAGUCAAGAGAAACUAGAGUCUGUCCCUGUUAAUAUGGUGGAGUCAAAGAAGAAAAAGAAAACUACCAGACCGAAAAGCAAACGCGGCAAGAACAAGCCGACAGGGUUCGAAGAGUACUACGUGGAUGCCCCUAUAACACCCCAGGAGUAUGCAGAGGGGCGAGAGAUCUAUGAUGUUCGAAUGGAAGAUGCUAUUCUACGCUUCCAGAAGAAGCGACGCAUUGAAUGUGACAGACGCGAGAUAUUCUUAAAGUACCUGCAAUAUGGAGGCGUCGACAUCAGUCAGAAGAUGUUCACGGGUACAGACCAACGUGAUCUCAAAGAGAUGGACAGUGAAGAUAUCCUCCUGGCCAGGGCCCAGACAAGCAUCGCGCAGGAGCAAUUGAACUUACAGAUUGACUUCAACGCUGUGGUCAAGGGAUUCCUGACAUCCUACUUCCCGUACUACUUCAACCCCGAAACCGAGGACAUGGUCAAGCUGGCCACAGUCACGAUAUGGAACUUUCUCACGUACAUCCUCUACCACGACGUAGUCCCAGAGUACAAAGCGAACGUCGAGGAAGCCAGGAAGUCCUGCGACAUCGCCAGCAAAGAGCUCUGGAAAAACCAGCAACUCACAGCCAAAGGACCCGGAGACUUCAAUACCGCUUGCUCUACCCUCUUCGGCGGCGUCUUCUUUGACCUCCACGUUGAAGACGACCAGUGGAACAACAGCAAGGACCAUGCAGUGCAUAUGACCAACGAGAUCGCCCGUAAGGUUGUCAAGUUUGCGCUGGCAGGCGCCGGAGUCGAUAGACAGGCCGUCCGAUUCCAAGAGCUUGCAAAUCAAGACGCACUUCGGGCGAUGCGGGUCGAAGACAUCGAUGGCUUUGAAGUGGCCGCCAUCAUCUUUCCAGAUGAUGAGACUAGGGAGUUUUACAAGGUACACGCUCCAGAUCUCCGCCCAGUUGGAAGAAUGCUGGCAAAGGCCUACCGCGACCCCGGAAAGCCCAACAUUGACCUCAGCCCUGAGGAGAGACUUCAGUGGGAAGCAGGCGGUGCACCAGCAUUGGAGUUUGACUUCUUCCUUGAGGAGGGUCUGCUGAAGUUGUGCUAUCCUGGCAUGAAGGUCAUAACGUCGGUUUGGGAACUCAACUGUGGAUUUCACUACUUCGAUGAGGUGUUCACAGCCUACUGUUCUAUCUACACGGCUCUGGCCAACGAUUUAAUGAUAGGUUGGAAGAAACCGAAGGAUUUGCGGAUGGGCGACAACCAUGAAGCUGAUGAGACAGAUGAUGAGGAAGGCAAGGAUCCAAAGGAAAAGGGAGUAGAGGGUGACCACGCUGUCGAGCCGCGAAUCUGA